AUGGAAUCUGCAACCAUGACCUUUUGCAGCAACACUGUUCGCUCAUCUCCCGGCCUAUACAUGGGUAGGACAGCCGGAAUUAGGAGCUCUCAGUGUAGCUUUAUGGUGGGAAGAGUUAGCUUCCCCGGGCAGAAGGUGCAGCCUUCUCGAGUUGGCCGUAAAUAUGGCAAACGUGGGGGCGUACUUUGUGCCACAGGCCAGGAUGAUAAAAUACUGGUGGCCAACAGAGGAGAAAUUGCUGUCCGUGUGAUUCGAACUGCACAUGAGAUGGGCAUUCCUUGUGUUGCUGUUUAUUCGACCAUCGAUAAGGAUGCUCUUCAUGUAAAGCUGGCGGAUGAGUCUGUUUGCAUUGGGGAGGCUCCGAGCAAUCAAUCUUACUUGGUGGUUUCAAAUGUCUUAUCUGCCGCCAUCAGCCGUGGGUGUACCAUGCUGCAUCCUGGAUAUGGUUUCCUUUCUGAGAAUGCUGUUUUUGUUGACAUGUGCAGAGAACAUGGAAUUAACUUCAUUGGACCAAAUCCUGAUAGUAUCAGGGUCAUGGGUGACAAGUCAACUGCUAGGGAUACAAUGAAGAAUGCUGGUGUUCCAACUGUCCCUGGAAGUGAUGGAUUGUUGCAGAGUACUGAAGAAGCAGUGAAACUUGCAGAUGAGAUUGGUUAUCCUGUUAUGAUCAAGGCAACGGCUGGUGGAGGAGGGCGUGGAAUGCGCCUUGCUAAAACACCUGACGAGUUUGUGAAGUUGUUGCAGCAAGCAAAAACUGAAGCUGCAGCUGCAUUUGGUAAUGAUGGUGUUUACCUGGAGAAAUUCAUCCAGAAUCCAAGACAUAUUGAAUUUCAGGUUUUGGCCGACAAAUAUGGCAACGUCGUGCACUUCGGGGAGCGUGAUUGUAGCAUUCAGAGAAGGAACCAGAAGUUACUAGAAGAAGCACCUUCGCCAGCAUUGACAGCUGAGCUUCGUAAAGCCAUGGGUGAUGCAGCAGUAGCGGCAGCAGCCUCCAUUGGGUACAUUGGUGUUGGUACAAUCGAGUUCCUUUUGGAUGAAAGAGGAUCCUUUUACUUCAUGGAGAUGAACACUAGGAUCCAGGUGGAGCAUCCAGUUACAGAAAUGAUAUCCUCUGUUGAUCUUAUUGAGGAACAGAUUCGUGUGGCUCGGGGAGAGAAACUUCGUUAUUCCCAGGAAGAUAUUGUGCUCAGUGGACAUUCAAUUGAAUGUCGCAUAAAUGCAGAAGAUGCUUUCAAGAAUUUCAGACCUGGACCAGGAAGAAUAACUGCAUACUUGCCAGCUGGAGGUCCGUUUGUGCGAAUGGAUAGCCAUGUCUAUCCUGACUAUGUGGUUCCACCUAGCUAUGAUUCCCUGCUUGGAAAGCUUAUUGUCUGGGCUCCAACAAGAGAGAGGGCGAUUCAGCGCAUGAAGAGGGCUCUUAGUGAUACCAUCAUCACAGGGGUUCCAACAACAAUCGACUACCAUAAGCUUAUCCUCGAGAUUGAGGACUUUAAAAAUGGAAAGGUUGAUACGGCUUUUAUUCCGAAACAUGAACAAGAGCUUGCUGCGCCGGAUACCCAACCUGCCAACACUCAGAUACAGCUGGUUAAUGCCUCUGCUUGA